UGGGAGCUGCCGAUGGGAUCGGGACGAUGGCAGCUUGGCUGAAAGUUUCCUUUUUGCUGCUGACUUUCUGCUUGAUUUUCCAGCACGGGAACAAGGUUGCUGCUGCCAGGUCCAAGCAGCGGGGCUCGUUGCUGUGUCCCUCCAAAGAUAAUACUAGAACAUUAUCUGGCUUCCGAUAUGAAGAUUGUUCAUCCAUUGAGAAUCUGAAGGGAGAGCAUGCAAUCGAUAGAGUCCGAAACUUGUGCUUCAGUCAGUCUAUACAGAAUGGCUUGGUUGCAGUGAUAUUUCAAUGGAAUCCAAACCCAUUGGGUAUUGAAUGUGUCAGAGGCUUCAAAAUAAUUCUUCAAGAAGCUAAAGCAUUUGGGGCUGAAAAGUUAUGUCAAGCACUGGUUUUAGAAGAACAAAAACAACUCAGAUAUUUCAAUAGAACACUUGUUUUGAAAUCCCAACCAUUUCGAAGGUUGAAGUUUAAAACACAAUAUAAUGUGACGAUUUUACCAUUUCCAAACCUUGUCGAAGAAAACAAUACCUUCCAGUUUCAGGUUGAACACUGGUCUCCAAAGAAUCUGGAUAUCAACCAACCGUACCAGUCUACAAAUUUAAAUGUAACCUUUGACUUGGCUCCUUCUAUUUUUGGGUUUAAAGCCUAUCACAUACGCUGUAAAAUGGUGAACACUGGUUUCCACAAGGACAAGACUAUAUUUGUGGACAGUAAUAUGACCAUAGUGAGUUACAUUUUUCAUGACCUUUACCCAGGCACUUACAGCAUUGAGGUGACGGAUUCUAGUAAUACCACUGGGAAACAAGUCAAUUUCACAGUGAGACCAGUGCAUUACCCGUGGGCUGGUCCGAUCCGAGCAAUUGCCAUUACUGUUCCGUUAGUGAUAGUGUCUGCGAUCAUCACUCUCCUCACAGUGGUCUGCUGUAAGAAACAGCAAAAUCCAGUGUAUUCGGAACUAGAUGAGGAGAAUUCUGAAUCAUCUCCAUCACCGAGGUCCAAACCAAAAGUUUUCAUUUGUUAUUCCAGUAAAGACUGUCAGAAACACCUCAGUGUCGUUCAGUGCUUUGCAUUCUUUCUCCAGGACUUCUGUGGCUGUGAGGUUGCCUUGGAUAUAUGGGAACAUUUGGAAAUCUGUAAGGAAGGGCAAAUGGACUGGCUCAGUCAGCAGAUCAUGGAGUCCCAUUAUAUCAUCAUUAUUUGUUCAAAGGGAAUGAAGUUCUUUGUAGAAAAGAAACAUCGUAAGCGUAAAGGCAACACUAGCGACGGUGGGCAAGGAGAACUUUUUAUUGUUGCUGUUUCUAUGAUAGCAGAGAGACUACGCCAAGCACGACUAAACACGAGCAAUCCCUCAAAAUUCAUCGCCGUCUAUUUUGACUACUCCUGUGAAGCAGACAUUCCUGGUGUCUUAGAUUUGGCAUGCAAAUACAAACUGAUGGACCAUUUCCCUCAGCUGUAUUCUCACUUACAUGCUCGAGAUCACAGCCACCCAGACCGGGACCCACGUGAAGUGAACAUUCGCAAAAGCAACUAUUUCAGAACUAAAUCUGGACGAUCGUUGUAUAUCGCUAUUUCUAAUAUGAAGCAACUUAUUGAGCAUGAGCCUGACUGGUUUGAGAAGCAGCUAGUGCCACAUCUGCCUUUACUGCCACUCCAUCAAGGACCAGUUCGUGUUGACUCUGGACUUGUCCUGAAUGAGGUGGUUUUCAAGCAACCAGUAACUGAACACGAUUUUCACUUGAAAACCAUUGCAGAUGUGACCCCUGUUAAUUCGGUAUCUUAUACCCUAGUUCAGCACUUGAGGAUCAUUGGAGAUGCAGAUGUUUCUGACCACCAAGAUGUCAAUUCUCUGCUGAGACCCCUGCCACGGAUGGCAGCAGCUGUGAACCUGCCCGAAAUGCCACGUGACUCUGGGAUAUACGAUUCUUCCAUUCCUUCUUCAGAAUUAUCACUGCCUUUAAUGGAUGGCCUAUCUUCAGACCAGACAGAAACUGGCUCCAUUGCAGACAGUGUCUCCUCAUCCUCAGGGUUAGGUGAAGACGAGCCACCAGUUCUCACAACAAAAUCAUCAGUUUCUGGACUGUGUAAGGUGGAAGCAGACAGACACAUAAAUGCUGCAGUAACCCUAUAACAUUCUAAAUCAUAGGGUAUGCAUUGCCACUUUACCUUCUCAGCUGUAUAUUGAUUAACAAGCUCUACAAUAGUGACUGUUUUAACAACACUGUGAACAUCAAUACAUUCAAACAGAUGAAUGCGUUAUGUAUUUGAACGCUGUGUGGCAACAUUGAGUAAAUAGUAUUGUUUUAACACAAGAGCCAGUCAACCUGAUUGAGAUCAAUAUUUAAUUACAGUUAUAUCAUAUUUCUGACACUAAUUUGAUGCUCUUAACUGUUUAAUGUAAUAUUUAAUUUUGUGUACUGAUUCGGACCAUUUGUGCAUUUUAAAAAUUAAUAUCAAUCUUUCUGAUCAAUGGCAAAAUGGAUGAUCAACUGAUUUAAUUUACCAAUAUUUUCACCCAUUUCUUGAGAUAAAAAGAAUUAUGACUUAGCAUAGAAUAUUAUUGCUGAAAUUAUUUGUAAAACCUUAUGAUUUGUCUGAAUGUUUCUGUGUGGCACAGACCAGAAUUAACUAUUAGAUUUCGACUCACAUUGGGUAUGUGGAUAUUUACCAAUGACAUAUUACAGAUAAUUGCACUGCUGCGCCCAUUAGGGAGGGAAUAAUUGUAUAAUGAAUCUGGUUGGAAUAAUAUUUCUUUUAAAAAUGCAACUGACAUCCAUUAAUGUUUUGGGCUCUCAUAUAUAAAUUCUGGUAGAAGCAUUUAAACUAACUUAAGCAACCUUUUUGAACAACAAAAUAAUUCUGCAUUUUCAGAAAGUCUGUUGCAGAUAAGAAAAGAAUGAAGUGUAGUUUUUAGUGAAUAAUUGUUGAAUAAUUUAAAGUCAAAUAGCUGUAAAUAGUUUUUAAACAAUAAUGUUGUAAUUCCCAAAAUGAAGUUAAACAGGGGGGUAGUGCUUUGAGCAUUGCUUUCACGCAUUUGACCAUUUUGUUAUAUUAGUUUACAAUCUAAUUUUCCAUAUAAUUUAUUCACAUUACUCACUCUGGGCAUUAUAAAAUGGGCUCCCCAACUUGAGACAAGAGUGCCUCAUUCCAUGUAUCUGUGGGUAGCACUGGCAGCUUGAGUGACAUUAUUGGGUGCUGCAUAUUGAGUGUUGCAUGCCAUAGACAGGAAUAUAACCGGUUGGUAUGCUCACUUACUGGUUCUUUUUUCAGUAAAGAUGCAUUUUGUAAUUUCAGUGUUAUUGACAAAUGAAUUUCACACAAGUAUGAUCUAUCCAACAUUCACAGCCAUAGUCAAUAUUGUAAAUUAUUGAUGUGGUGACAGUCAAUUUUGGCAUGAUGUCAUCUGAAUAAUCAAUUUUUAAAUUUGAUUUUAAUUUUUUUAAAAAGAAUUACAACUUGGUUUGAGAAUCAUUGUUAUAACUAAUGGAAUUUUGUGUUUCUUCUAAAAUUUAUUGGUGUUAAUUUUGUGCAAACUCACAGUCCUUUAUCUGUUCCUGUCUUGAUAGUAUGUUGUCAUAUUGGAAGAUUAUUUCAGUGUGGGAUAUCCCAGCUGACUCUGAUCUUCACCGUGCCUAGACAUGCUAAUCCAGUAGGUGGUGACCAGGUCAAGAUCAGGAGCAGUAGCUGGUUCUUUUAUUUUUCCCUGCCCCACUACUGCUGGCACUUAGCAACUUAGUGCAAACUGGGGAUCAAACCUGAUACUUUCCUUCCCUGCCAGGUAAACUCCUUGAGAUAUUGUAGUGUUAUGCUUAUUAAGCCAAUUGUUUGACAGUUAUGCAAAUGUGUUUUUAGAGAAUGCAGUUUUAAAAACUAAAGCCCCCUAGCAAAGGGUUUGAUAUGAAUCUGGUAGAUAAAUUAAUAGGAAUUAGAAUUCAUUUUAUCACGUUCAUUAAUUUUACAUUCUGAGGGUUGGGUUCACUACUGUGCUUGUGUUCAGGUUGCUGACAUAAGAAUGCAGUGAAGAUUUCUGUAGUGCCAAAAUAGUCAUCUCAAAUAUUGUAUGAAAUAUGAACAUGCCUCUAUCACUAUUUCCAUAAAUCUAUAAGCAUUUGGUUUCCCUUAUUAGUUUCCUACAGUCUGCUCAUCACUAUUUACUAUCUGUGUUCACACUUAGGUUUUGCAGGUUGUGAUGUAAUUGUAAUGUUAUUUUGGUUAUUUUGACUGCUUUUUAUAAACGUUUCCAAAAUAUCUGAUGUAUUCUUUAUUUUGUACAAGCUAUAAGUUAAGCUGACUGAGAAAAUGUUCUACUGUUUUGUCUUUUUGUACUGGUGCUUUUUUAAAAAAAUAAAUGAACCUAAAACUA